AAUUCUUCCAUUGCUCUUCAGCAGAUCAACGUCAGAAGGAAAUCAAUUUGUAUACCUUAGGAGAUGGAGAUUGAUAGAGCAAUCAAAGAGUGUGACGAUCGAAGGCUAAAAACCAAGUACAACAAUGCUAUUUAUGUGAUUAAAAGAGCUCUUGCUCUGUAUUCUGUAGAAGAAGUUGCAUUGAGCUUCAAUGGAGGGAAAGAUUCUACUGUUUUGUUCCACCUGCUUAGGGCGGGCUAUUACUUGCACGAAAGUGAGAAAUGUCAUUCCAAUGGGGAUCUUGGUUAUGGUGAUAUGCCAUUUCCGAUAAGGACAAUAUAUUUUGAGAGCCCAUCUGCUUUUCCGGAAAUUAACUCUUUCACUUAUGAAAUUGCAGCAACUUACAAUUUGACAAUGGAUAUUAUUCGCCUAGAUUUCAAAUCUGGUUUGGAGACUCUACUUAAGGCUAAUCCAAUUAAAGCUAUUUUUCUAGGUGUUCGAAUUGGUGAUCCUACUGCGGUAGGUCAGGAGCAAUUCUCACCCAGCUCACCUGGCUGGCCAUCCUUCAUGAGGGUGAAUCCAAUUUUGGAUUGGUCUUAUAGAGAUGUAUGGGCUUUCCUAUUGACUUGUAAAGUUCCCUAUUGCAGCCUUUAUGACCAAGGGUAUACGUCCAUUGGUAGCAUCCAUGACACUGUACCCAAUGAAUUGCUUUGCGUCAACCAUUCUGACAAUAAUGGAGAAAAAUUCAAACCUGCAUAUUUACUCCAAGAUGGAAGGUUGGAAAGAGCUGGAAGAGUGAAGAAAUAUUCUUCCCCAGUAUCUGCUAAACACCCCUGUCUUAGCAAUGGUUUUAAAAGUGAAGAUUCAAACAGGAAAGUCGUAUUAACUGCCUCAAUAGUUGGUGUUGGUGAUGAGGUUUUGUAAGUCAUUUUUAGCAUCCUCGGCUCUCAUACCGUGUAAUCCUUGAGAAGUCUCUUGGAUAUAUUUCUAGUGACUUUUUCUAUUAUUAUUGGAUGCUAUUCCACUCUUUGGCUUAACCAAGUAUUGGUUUGAUUUUUACGUUCAACGUAGCUACAAUGUAUUCCCAAAAUAAAGAAGUUUUUUCUUUCACUAAUUUGCUUAUAAUCAGGGUCAGUCGGAAGCUAAAUAAAGGGUAGGCUGAGAUUUUUACUCAGUAAUGUCUUUUUGGCUGAACGAUGACCUGCAUCAAAAUCGUUUGUAUUUUAAACGAAGGCAUCUGGUGUAAUUAAAAUUACUACUCCGUAUUUUAUUUAAGGUGGCUUAUUCCAUAUAUUUCUCUUGGUUUCAUAGCUCAGAUUUGGCAAUGUUGAGGACAAGUUGGGUUCUUCAUUGUGCAAAAAGCUCCAUUCAAUUGGUUGGGCUGUCUCUCAUCUUGCUGUCACUCGUAAUGAUGUAGAUUCUGUUUCUGAGGAAGUGGAGAGGAGAAAAUCUACAAAUGAUAUGGUGUUCAUCUAUGGAGGGGUUGGGCCCUUGCCUUCAGAUGUUACUGUAGCAGGAGUUGCAAAAGCUUUUGGUGUCCGUUUGGCUCCUGAUGAAGAAUUUGAAGAAUAUCUGAGGCAUAUCAUUGGCGAAAAAUGCACUGGGGAUAAGAAUGAGAUGGCACAGCUGCCUGAGGGUAUUACGGAAUUGCUGCAUCAUGAUCUAUUGGAGGUUCCUUUGAUCAAAUGCCAUAAUGUGAUCAUUCUCAAUGCAUCAAAUGUCACUGAACUGGACAAGCAAUGGGAUUGUUUAAUUAAAUUGACAAAAUCUCAUGGUCUCUUUGCGUUAGCGGACCCAUUUGUUUCGAAACAAUUGGAAACAACUCUUUUGGACAUGGAAGUUGCUCAACCUUUGUCAAAGUUGUGUCUUCAGUUUCCAGACAUUUACAUCGGUGGGUAUCGAAAAUCAAGGCAAGGCCAUCUUGUGAUUAGACUCGAAGGGAAGGAUAGAAAGCGGAUAGAAGCGACCGCACGAGAAUUGUGCCAGAAUUUCCCACCAGGUUCAUUCUCCAGCGUAGAUUGAGUUCGAGUCGGGUUUGAAAUCAACUCUUUCACAGUCAGUAACCAUUCCAACACACCAAUAGCUUACUUGAAGGACAUUGGGAGAUGGGAGGGAAAACAAAAAGGAAAAUAGAGACACCAUUAAUUACAAUGAAACUUCACAUAUACUACAAAUUUUGCAAGAGCUUCCAGACUCUAUUUUUCUACUCUGGGAAGUAUUUGCUAACUCUGAUGAAAUAAUAAGUUAGAAUGAUGAAACCUCGAAGUAGGCCAAAUGCCAGGUAUUUAUGUGACCAUUCUUCCACAAUAUUGGAAAAUACCAAAUUACGUUUUAGAUUUUUAGCUACAGAAAAAGACCUUUGGGCCCUCAAAUAAGUCAUGAACCUUGUGAAGAAAGGAAUUAUAUUUCU